AGCGGUCACUCUUCCCCAUGAGAGGCGAGCCACGGCGCGGAGCUGACCGGACGCACACACCAUGGCCGGAGCCUGGGCUCUCCAGGAACUCCGAGACCUUCUCGGGGGCCGCGCUGGCUGAGCAGGGAGCCCCUGGCGGGCGAUGGGGGACCGGGAGCACAACAAGAGGCGCUUGCUGGAGCUUCUGCGUGCGGCUGGCACAGGCAACGAGGUGUGCGCGGACUGCGGGGCGCCAGAUCCUGACUGGGCCUCCUACAAGCUGGGGAUUUUCAUCUGCCUGAAUUGCUCUGGAGUGCAUCGGAACUUCCCUGAGAUCAGUAAAGUGAAGUCGGUUCGACUCGACUUCUGGGAUGACAGUAUCGUGGAGUUCAUGACACGAAACGGAAACCUCUGUUCCAAGGCAAAAUAUGAAGCAAAAGUCCCUGAUUUCUACUACAUCCCCCAGUCUGAAGACUGCCUGGUCUUAAAGGAGCAAUGGAUCCGAGCCAAAUAUGAAAGACAGGAGUUUGUGGCUGGCAGCCUCACCUGGACCAUAUCUGACAACCGAGAAGGGCUCCUGUGGAAGCGGGGAAGGGACAAUGGGCAGUACCUGAAGAGGAAGUUUGUCCUUUCGGCAACAGAAGGCUUUUUGAAAUACUACACUAAAGAAGAGGGAAAAACACCCAAAGCCAUCAUCAGCAUAAAGGACUUGAAUGCCACAUUCCAGACAGAGAAGAUAGGAAACCCCCAUGGGCUACAGAUCACCUACAAGAGAGAUGGCCAUACCAGGAACCUCUUUGUAUAUCAUGAGAGUGGGAAGGAGAUAGUGGACUGGUUCAAUGCCCUCCGAGCGGCCCGUCUACACUACCUGAAAACAGCUUUUCCUGAGCUCCCAGAGUCUGAGCUCCUGCCUCACAUCACCAGGAAUUACCUCAAACAAGGCUACAUGGAAAAGACUGGCCCAAAGCAGAGAGAAGCAUUUAAGAAACGGUGGUUUGCUCUUGACCCUCAGGAGAGGAGGCUGCUGUAUUACAAGAACCCCUUGGAUGCAUUUGAGCAGGGUCAGGUUUUCAUCGGGAGCAAGGAGCUUGGGUACGAGAUUCAAGAUGAACUCCCGAAGGGCAUCCGGGGGAACCGAUGGAAAGCUGGCAUCACCGUCAUCACCCCAGAACGAAGAUUUGUCUUUGCCUGUCCCAACGAGAAGGAACAAAAGGAAUGGCUGGAGGGUUUACGACAUGUCCUGGCCCUCCCCAUGACCGCCCUCAGUCCUCAUGCCACAGCAGCUACUGGACAGAGGUGACUAGGACUUAGCUGACUUGCUCAAUUCUCACCAUGCCUAACUUUGACUUUGGUAUGUCAGCUGUCCAUUCUGCUUCAGGAAAGAGAAGUUCACCUCUGUAUGUCACAGGAAGGACCAGCAAAAGACAAAUGUAGUCGGUGGUUUUCUUGUCUCAGGCUUUGCUCUGGAUGGGAAUCCAGCAAGAUAAAAGUCAAGAUGGCUGGCAAUGGGAAGUUAAACUCAAUCCAUUAGCAAGUCAAGACAUCACUUUUGGGAUGUCAUUGUUCUCUUUGAGAACAAAGGACAAAUUGGGGCAGCUAGGUGGCAC